AUGGAUGGUUUCAACACGGAGUCGGAUAGCGAUUAUACUAGCUUCUGGAGAGAUUGGUUUAUAUCCUCGCGAGGAAAUGAAUACUUCUGCGAAAUCGACGAAGAAUACCUCACGGACCGGUUCAACCUGACGGGACUGAACAGCGAAGUCAAGCACUACCAAUAUGCCCUCGACCUGGUGACGGACGUGUACGACCUCGACGCCGACGAUAAUAUGAGAGAACAGAUCGAGAAGUCUGCCAGACACCUCUACGGCCUCGUACACGCACGCUACAUAAUCACAACCCGAGGCCUAGCAAAGAUGCUCGACAAAUACAAACAAUCAGAAUUCGGCAAAUGCCCACGGGUGAUGUGCGAGCAGCAAUCGCUGCUGCCGCUGGGGCUGACGGACAUCGCGGGCGUGAACCCGGUCAAGCUGUACUGCGCCAAGUGCGAGGACCUGUACAACCCCAAGUCGUCGCGGCACGCGUCCAUCGACGGCGCGUACUUCGGCACCUCGUUCCCCAACAUCCUGUUCCAGGUGUACCCGUGCCUGCUGCCCAAGCGGUCGCUGCGCCGCCACGAGCCGCGCGUGUUCGGCUUCCGCGUGCACGCCGCCGCCGCGCUGGCGCGCUGGCAGGACCGCAAGCGCGAUGAGAUGCGGGAGCGGCUGGCCAGGGUGGGGAUUGAGGCGCCGUUUGUGGAGGAUGAGGAGGACGAGGACGAGGAGGAUGAGGUGGAGGAUGGUGAUGAGGAGCCUGACGAGGAGGAGGGGGAAGAGGGGCUGCCCGUGGUGGGCACGGAGAUGGUGCUCGGGUUGCCGGUGAGUGAGCAGAUGGAGAAGGCGAUGGCGGAGAGUUCGCGCAUGGACGUGGGGCCGUGA